UUUUUAUUUCAGAGUACUGUAGUACUCUAGUUUUUGCUCAAUGACCAUAUGAGGUGAAAAAUGUCUGGGUGAGGUGAUUUUACGCACGCUGCUGAAAUGGAUCACAGACUCUCCAGAGGCAGCUGGGUACCGGUGACUGGUCUGGUUAUAUGUCUGCUUCUGUGUGCGUGCGUAGUGGACUUGGUUCUUGCGCAAAUCCGUUACUCCAUCCCUGAAGAGCUGGAACAUGGAGCUUUCGUGGGCAACAUCGCCGAGGAUCUGGGUUUGGAUGUGGCCAAACUGUCAGCCCGUCGGUUCCGUAUUGUUUCCGGCGCGAAGAAGCAGUAUUUAGAAGUUAACUUGGAGAAUGGCAUUCUUUUUGUCAACGAAAAGAUAGACAGAGAGGAGCUUUGCGAAAGAAGUCCGAACUGUUUUUUACACUUACAAGUGGUCAUUGAAAACCCAUUAGAACUAUACAGAGUGGAGGUGGAAAUUCUAGACGUGAAUGACAACUCUCCCAGUUUCCCGUGGAGCGAAUUUAAUCUCGACAUCACAGAGUCCGCAGCACCGGGCUCGCGGUUCCCGUUAGAGAGCGCACAGGAUCAGGACGUGGGCACCAACUCUUUGCGCUCCUACCAGCUGAGCGCAAACCAGCACUUCAUCCUGAACAUCCAGACGCGGAACGACGGGAGCAAGUUUGCUGAGCUCGUACUGGACACCCCUCUGGACCGGGAGCAGCAGAAAAAGCAUGAAAUGGUUCUGACUGCUUUUGACGGCGGGUCUCCGGAGCGCUCCGGGACAGCGCUGAUAACGAUCACGGUGCUAGACGCCAACGACAACGUGCCUGUGUUUGAUCGCUCCGUUUAUCGCGCCAGUCUGGUGGAGAACGCACCGAGAGGGACGCUGGUGCUGAAACUGAACGCCACCGACCUGGAUGAGGGCUCGAACGGGGAGGUCACUUACGCGUUCAGCGGACACGCGCCUCUCAAGGUGCGCGAACUGUUCACUGUGGACCCGUACAUGGGUGAAAUCCGGGUGAAGGGCGUUGUGGACUAUGAGAAAGCGAGUGUCUAUGAACUAUAUGUGCAAGCAAAGGACAGAGGACCCUCGGCUGUCGCGGUACACAGUAAAGUGCUGGUCGACAUACUGGACGUGAACGACAACGCUCCCGAGGUCAUCCUCACAUCUGUGUCCACUCCUGUUCAAGAAGACGCGCCGCCGGGGACAGUGAUAGCUGUUAUCAGUGUCAUGGACCGGGACUCCGGAGAAAAUGGGAACGUGGACUGCCAAAUUCCGAACAAUGUUCCUUUUCAGUUGCACUCAUCUUUUAAAAACUACUAUACUCUGGUGACAAGCGAGUUUCUGGACAGAGAAUCUGUGUCUGAGUACAACAUCACACUGACAGCCCGAGACCUGGGCUCCCCUUCACUCUCCACCAGAAAAACCAUCCUCGUUCAAGUGUCUGACAUUAAUGACAACCCCCCGCGGUUCUCUCAACCUUCAUACACUGUUUAUGUGACCGAGAAUAAUGCCCCGGGCGCUUCCAUUUGCUCUGUAACUGCGUUCGACCCCGAUUCUAACCAGAACGCCUAUCUGUCCUAUUCUAUUCUGGAAGGUCAGAUCCAGGGCAUGCCCGUGUCCACUUACGUCUCAAUCAAUUCCGAUAAUGGCAACAUAUACGCGCUGCGCUCCUUUGAUUACGAGCAACUUAGAAACUUUCAGAUUCUGGUCCAGGCGCAGGACGCCGGCUUCCCUCCGCUCGCGAGCAAUGUCACAGUCAACGUAUUCGUCUUGGACCAGAAUGACAACGCACCUGUUAUUGUGUCGCCCCUGCCUAAAAACGGCACCGUGGCCACAGAGGUGGUUCCACGGUCAGUGGAUGCCGGCUACCUGGUGACCAAAAUAACAGCGCUGGAUGCGGACGCAGGACAGAACUCCCGGCUGUCUUAUCAGGUGUUGCAGGCUACAGACCCGGGACUGUUCAGCGUGGCGCUGUACACAGGUGAAAUCAGGACUAUUCGUCGGCUGAUGGAGAGGGACGCAACAAGACACAGACUCGUCAUAUUAGUCAAAGACAACGGACAGCCGCCGCUCUCUGCCACGGUCUCCAUUGUCCUCACGGUGGUGGACAGCGUGCCCGAGUCGCUGUCAGAUUUCGGAGACCUCACGCUCAGCCCACAGCCCCCCUCAAACCUCGCUCUCUACUUGAUCGUGUCACUGAGCACAAUAUCUUUAAUCUUCCUGGUGGCGAUCAUCGUGCUGGCAGCGGUCAAGUGCUACAAGGACAGGGAGACCCUCAGCGGGUAUAACCUGCCCCCGUUAGCCUGCUGCUGUUGCGGGGGGUUUCAGCCAGAGCCGCCCCCGGAGGUGUUCAAAAAAUCAAACCUUAACCUGCAGAUCUCCUCCGCGGCUAAAGUGCCCACGAACUGUAUGGAGGUGAAUGGAAAUAGCAGUUUGUCUCAGUCAUAUUGUUAUAAAGUGUGUCUGACCCCAGAAUCCGCCAAGAGUGACUUUAUGUUUCUGAAGCCGUGCAGCCCGAGCAGCACACCGAGGAACAACGAGGCGAAGAGCGCGGAAAACUCGUGGAACGCGCAAAGCCGGAGCGCUUCUGUCAACAACGGAGCAACCACUCCAAACGAGCUUAAGCAGCCCAACACUGACUGGACUCUCACAAAGAAUCAAAACUCUUCCAUUAAAAGUUACAACUCUAUCAACAUGGAUGGCACUCUCAUGCGUAAGGCCAUGCAUGCAGACCCAGAAAACUAUGUCACAUCCAUGGCACCUGGACAGUACUGGACCUGGGGAACACACAUGAGAGGCAUGAAAGAUUAUAAGAUGUCUCCUUCGCCCAGUGGUCUCCCCCCUCGCCCGUGGACUCCUCGUUGCACACCCCCACCCCAGCAACAGCAGCCAUCGAUCCCUGCCCACCCACACCCACACCCACCGCCCGACUACCACCACAACGUGUACAUCCCUGGGACACCGUCAGGCUUUUGCACGCUGAGACCAACAGUACAGCGGAGUGAACUGGACGUCCACAAUUCCUUCUCUACGUUCGGCAAGAAGCGACGGCUCCAGAUGUCCCCGCAGGGAGAGGCUGCGAUGAUAAAUAAUGACCUGUACAAUGACUGACUACUUCAGUGACAACUAGAUGAGUUCAGUGAUGGAUAACCUCAUUCAUAUGAAAACAGAAAAAGAGGCCAUUUAGUGCAUAAACUGUCGAACCUUUGAUUUAUAAGUGGUAUCAAACACAAUGUGGACCAGCAGUCCACUUGGGAGAAAAAGGAAUGGACAAUCUAUUUUGGCUAAAAUGCUGACAGCAAAUCGAGUCUGUUGGCUAUUUGUGUGCCAUGUCAUUGCAACAUCAUCAUUGUGUGUUAUUAUUAUUAUUAUUAUUAUUAUUAUUAUUAUUAUUAUUAUUUAGACAAUCAGCCAAGAGCAGUGGUUACAUCCAAAAUGUUUCGAAAAGACAUUAGUGGAAAUACAUUUUGCACAUUCAUAUGAAUUUAUAUUUUUUGGUCAUAUGACAAGAACAUUUGUUUUUCUUUGUUGUAUGUUUGCCAACAGAGCUUGUGUGAAUAUGACAAAUAGUAUGUUGAUGUAUAUGCAAGCUGCACCAUGAUGCAGAUUACUGUAAUGUUGGGGGAGUUUGCCUCACACAUGUACUGUAUACAUUUAUGAAAAUAAAGUAUUUUUUGGA